UACCAUUUGGAUGAAAAACUAGCGUAAACGGCACUAGGGUCUCGAAGAUUGGAGAGCUUAGUGGCCGUUAGUUUUUUUUUUAUCCAGUAAUUUGAAAAUUUUGGCUUGAUUUAUGGGAUGCUCCGUUUGAGUGGUUCUAAAAUCUAAACAGCAAAAGAGAGCUUACACAGAGCUCCUUUGCUGUUCAAUCCCCUUGGGUAUUGGUCUGUGUUGAUUCAGCUUGAAUAAAACUGGUGUUCUUUCUGAUAUUUGUAUCUAAAGUCGAACUGGUUGAGAAGGACAGAGAGAAACUAUCGAGAACUGUCAGAUAGAUAGCCAAAAAAAUCUGAUUCUGAACAUGACUAUAGCGUUACUAUGGGUUGCCAUUCCCAGUACAGAGGUUUCCAACUCCUUUGGAUUCUUCCAUUCGGUUGGGGCUCUAGAUUCAGCCAAGUUUGGUUCUGUAGAUCGAAGUUUGAUGUUUAAGAAAAGAGCAAAAAAGGGUAUGAACCAGAAAUGGAAGUCCAGCACAGUGAAUGUAGAUUUGACGAAUCCUUGCAUAGGAUUAGGUAGUGGAAGCAAUUUACCUGUAAUAUCGAGCAUGGUAGCCAGCUCGGCAGGAGAAAUGGCCGUCUCGUCGGAAGAGAAGGUAUACAAUGUUGUGCUGAAGCAAGCAGCCUUGGUUAAAAAGCAAUUGAGGUCUAGUGAGAAUCUGGAUGCGAAAACAGAUAUUGCGGUUCCAGGGACUUCGAGCUUGUUGAGCGAAGCUUAUGAUCGUUGUGGAGAAGUUUGUGCUGAGUAUGCCAAGACAUUUUACUUGGGAACUCUGUUAAUGACCCCUGAAAGGCGAAGAGCUAUCUGGGCAAUUUAUGUGUGGUGUAGAAGGACAGAUGAGCUUGUUGACGGACCUAAUGCUUCACACAUAACACCCACAGCUUUAGAUAGAUGGGAGGCAAGGUUGGAAGAUGUUUUCCAAGGUCGUCCUUUUGAUAUGCUUGAUGCUGCUUUAUCAGAUACUGUUACUAAAUUUCCUGUUGAUAUUCAGCCAUUCAAAGAUAUGAUUGAAGGAAUGAGGAUGGACCUGAAGAAGUCAAGAUAUAAUAACUUUGACGAGCUGUAUCUUUACUGUUAUUAUGUUGCUGGGACAGUUGGAUUAAUGAGUGUUCCAGUGAUGGGCAUUGCACCUGAAUCACAGGCAUCAACUGAGAGCGUUUACAAUGCUGCUUUAGCAUUAGGAAUAGCCAAUCAGCUCACCAACAUACUCAGAGAUGUAGGAGAAGAUGCACGAAGAGGAAGGAUUUAUUUACCACAGGACGAGCUGGCGCAGGCAGGACUUUCAGAUGAAGACAUAUUUGCUGGAGAAGUAACAAAUAAGUGGAGAAAUUUCAUGAAGAAUCAAAUUAAGAGAGCAAGGAUGUUCUUCAAUGAAGCAGAGAAAGGAGUUACAGAGCUAAGUGCUGCAAGUAGAUGGCCGGUGUGGGCAUCCUUGCUAUUGUACAAGCAAAUACUAGACGAGAUAGAAGCAAAUGAUUACAACAACUUCACAGAGAGGGCUUACGUGAACAAAGCCAAGAAGCUAGCUUUCUUGCCAAUUGCUUAUGCAAGAUCAUUUGUUGGGUCGUCGAGAGUGUCGCCUCCUUUGGCAAACCCAUGAUAUAUACCAUGAAUAUUAUUUUCUAAAUCUUAUACAGAUGAAAAAGGUGAAAGCAAAAGAAAAAAAAAAUCAAAAUUUGUAUAUUAGCUACUGUCAUAAUGCAACAAAUAUUCAUUAGAAA